CUGAGAAAUCUGAUGCAGUUUGGUAAUUGAAGCAUUACUUUUCUAGUUUUUCUGAUUUUUUUUUUUUUAAAUGCAGAAUUGGAGUUUGAUACCUUGAAUUGAAUUGUGGUAUCAAUGGAGAAGUACUGAACUGCAACCCGUACCAAGAACCUUCAAUCUCACCCAAAAAAAGGAAAAAAAGAAAAAAAGUGACACAGAGAUUGAGAAAUGGUGAAGGAGAGGGAGAGGGAGAGGGAGAGGGAGAAGGAGAGAAAAUGCACUGUAAAAUCCAGCAAGGCACCCAAGAAAAUGAUGAAGAAAAAGGUGAAAAGAGAGGGGAAACCCACCAAGAAAAUCUUCAUAGCAACCAAAACAAUGGGGAAGGAGGAGUCAGAAAUGGACAUUAAGGGAUGGGUUUCAGACCUGAGGCCUUACUUCUUCAAGAUUCUAUAUCCUGAUCAAAGCGAUGAGCACUUGCGUAUCCCACCACAUUUCAUGAAGCAUUUGAUGAAAGACACGUCUAACCGAGCAACCUUGAAGUGUUCAUCCAGCAGAUUUUGGAAUAUUGAAUUGAGACCGGCUAUAGGCAGCAUGUAUCUUCAAGAUGGCUGGCAGCAGUUUCUAAAAGAUAAUUCUUUAGGAGACAGGGAAUUCUUACUUUUCAGAUAUGAUGGGAAUAUGUGUUUUAAUGUUCAAAUUUUUGAGAAAAAUGGGUGUGAAAGAGUUGGCAUGUCUGUCACUGGAAAACAUCAAGAAUUUGCUGUCGCCGAAGGAAAAAGGAAAAGAGGUAGACCACGAAAAAUCCCUCUUGAUUCCACUCCCUUAAAGUCUAGCGGAGAUGGCCCAGGUCAAAGCCAUCUGCAACUGCAAUCAGAGAAGUUUGAGAAAGUUAAAGAAGGGAAAAGCAUCCUAAGGGAGAUUAAAGACAAAGGCAAAGUCAAAAUUGACCUGUCCUUCCAGGAAGAGGAUUCAGAAGUGAAGAAAUUUAAAGAUGACAAAAACUUCCAGAGGAAGACUAGAACAGGAUUGCACCUGCCUAUCCUGAAAAUAGAUUCACACACUAGGCCCUGUUCCUUGGAAAGGUUGCCUCCAGCUGAAGAAGUAGAAGAAGAAGAAGACACUGUUGGGUUUCAGAGAGUAGCUGAAUCCUUUACCUCUGGUUUUCCCUACUUUCAAAGACGUUUGAAAAGGGCUUGUGUGGAUAAGGUAUUCAUUCUGACCAUCCCCACCUCUUUCUCUAGGGCACAUCUCCAGAAUAUCAAAACUAGGAUGGCUCUACGAAAUCUACAAGGGGAAACUUGGGAAGUGAAUUGUAUUCCUACUGGAGGAAAGCAUUAUUUAUGUGGCGGGUGGGCUGCCUUCGUACGUGGCAACAAUCUGAAGACAGGUGAUAUCUGCAUAUUUGAGCUUGUGGGUCAAAAUGAAUUGCUGGUCAAUAUUUUUCCAAAAUAAAUUUGGUAUGUUAAGCCUACAACUUACAGAAGAGUAGUGUGGCAACUCUUCCUCUUGUCUCAGUAGCCAUCAUGAUUCUCCAGUCUCCUGAACUAAAAACUCUCUUUAUGCUGUUGUAUCAGUACCCAAUAAUUAGUAUUUUCACCUUUAAUUUUAUCUUAAGAUUUGCAUCUUCAGUCUA